AUGCAGGUACGCCCUAGAUGUAGCAACACAACUAAAACUCCAACACCCAAAACGCGCCCGCGAAAUGUUGACGACAGCCGGCAUACGCAAACCCCCAAAACACCUAGAACUCCCAAACCCAACACCCAAAACCCCAGCACAGGCUACAAUGGUCGGGGCGGUGUUGUCAGAUCCAGCAUCGAUGGCACGGGCUUUGUCGACUCGGCAGCUGGGGCGCCGAAGGAGCUGACGAUACAGUUCCACAAUGAGAUGGCCUAUGCCACCGAGUAUCCCAAAUACGUGACUUUCGCCAUGGUGCGGCAAGCGGACACUGACGGUACCACCACCUUGGCGGACAACUUGGUUGUACAAGGCAGGCUUUCCACGGGCCUGCUGGACAAAUUCCGCCGACUGGGUGUGCAGUAUGUAAGAUAUCUGCAUGAUGAAGCAGAAAAAGACGCCCCAGACUUCUACAACUCCUGGCAGGGAGCCUUCCAGGUGAAGAGCCUUGAGGAGGCCAUGCAGAAAGGCAACAACAGAGCCACUUUUUCCAUCCUCGAGGCUCAUUCAGAUGGCCGAAGACUUCGCCACACACUUUGGUGUCCGGUCUUCCACCACCAUCCAGUCCACGGCGAGCUGUUUUUCAACUCGCUGCUGAACCGACACGGCUCUUGGCUCGACGGCCAUGCGGUGUUCGGAAAGCUGCCCAACAGCGAACGGCCUUAUCACUGCCUCUGGGGCGAUGGCACGGAGCUUUCUGUAGAGGCCCAAGGGGGAUGA